AUGCUGAGUAAGACCAGAAAAGACAGGACAAGGAAUGAAGAAAUAAGGGAUAGAACAGGAAUGAAAAAUAUGAAGAAGAUAGAACAAAUUAGUAUGAGAUGGUUUGGACAUACCAAGGGAAUAGAAGACAAUAGAAUACCAAAGUUGGUAUUGGAGAAGGACAUGGAGGAGAGAAAACCUAGGAGAAGACCCUGUAAUAGAUGGAUGGACAAGAUAGCUGAAGACCUAAGAAAAAGGACAAUGGUGUUUGUAGAGGAGUGGUGGAAAGAUAGAAAGAGAUGGAGGCCAUUGGUCCAUUGCCCAUCCCAGGCUUCCUGGAUUAAGAACGAAGAAGAAGAAGUCGUGUGUUUCUCAGUAGGCAAGUCUGUGACUCAGAUAAUAUAUCCAAUAUAA